GGUGUGCGUGUGCGCGCGUGUGUGGCCGCUGGGCGGGUGUGUGCGCGUGUGGGAGGGCGCGCUGGGGGUGCAGGAGGGGUCGCGCAGCCCUGCCAUGCCUGCUGGUCAUGGGGGAGGACUUGGGGGAGGAGGAGGGGAGCUGACAGCUGGGGCUGCUUGGUGACCGUGACGAGGUUGGCCAGCCAGACGGAGGUGGCCGUGCUGCCUGCUGCCCGCAAUGGGGGGACAGAUCACCCGGAGCACCCUCCACGACUCCAUCGGGGGCCCCUUCCCCGUCCCCUCUCACCGAUGCCACCACAAGCAGAAGCCCUGCCCCCCGGUGCUGCCGGGUGGGGGGCUCCCAGCCACGCCGCUGCUCUUCCACCCCCACACCAAGGGCUCCCAGAUCCUCAUGGACCUCAGCCACAAGGCCGUCAGGAGGCAGGCCAGCUUCUGCAACGCCAUCACCUUCAGCAACCGGCCAGUACUCCUCUACGAGCACGUCAGGCUCCAGAUCACCAAGAAGCAGUGCUGCUGGAGCGGAGCCCUGCGGCUGGGCUUCACCAGCAAGGACCCAUCCCGCAUCCACCCGGACUCACUGCCCAAGUACGCCUGCCCUGACCUGGUGUCCCAGAGUGGCUUCUGGGCCAAGGCACUGCCCGAGGAGUAUGCCAACGAGGGCCACAUCAUCGCCUUCUGGGUGGACAAGAAGGGCCGCGUGUUCUACCGCAUCAACGACUCAGCCGCCAUGCUCUUCUUCAGCGGGGUGCGCACGGCCGAGCCGCUCUGGGCCCUGGUGGAUGUCUACGGCCUCACGCGGGGCGUGCAGCUGCUAGACAGCGAGCUGGUGCUGCCCGACUGCCUGCGGCCGCGCUCCUUCACCGCCCUGCGCCGGCCGUCGCUGCGGCGCGAGGCCGACGACGCGCGCCUGUCCGUGAGCCUGUGCGACCUCAACGUGCCGGGCGCCGACGGCGACGAGAUGGCGCUGGCCGCCGGCUGCCCGGUCCCGCAGAACUCGCUCAACUCGCGCCACAGCCGGGCGCUGCCCGCGCAGCUGGACGGCGACCUGCGCUUCCACGCGCUGCGCUCGGGCGCGCACGUCCGCGUCCUGGACGAGCACACCGUGGCGCGCCUGGAGCACGGGCGCGAUGAGCGCGCGCUCGUCUUCACCAGCCGGCCCGUGCGCGUGGCUGAGACCAUCUUCGUCAAGGUCACGCGCUCCGGGGGCGCGCGGCCCGGCGCGCUCUCCUACGGCGUCACCUCUUGCGACCCCAGCACGCUGCGGCCCGCUGACCUGCCCAGCAGCCCCGAGGCGCUGGCCGACCGCGAGGAGUUCUGGGCCGUGUGCCGCGCGCCUGGGCCCCUGCACAGCGGCGACAUCCUGGGCCUGGUGGUCACCGCAGAAGGCGAGCUGCACCUGAGCCACAACGGGGCGCCCGCGGGCACGCAGCUGUGCGUGGACGCCUCGCAGCCGCUGUGGAUGCUCUUCGGCCUGCACGGCGCCAUCUCCCAGGUCCGCAUCCUAGGCUCCACCAUUCUGGCUGAGCGAGGCAUCCCGUCGCUGCCCUGCUCCCCUGCAUCCACGCCAACCUCACCCAGCGCCCUGGGCAGCCGCCUCUCUGACCUGUUGCUCAGCCCAUGCAACUCUGGGCCUGUGGGCAGCUCUGCUGGGGGAACAGCACCCAAUUCACCGGUGAGCCUGCCGGAGUCUCCAGUGACCCCGAGUGUCGGCCAGUGGAGCGAUGAGUGCACCAUCUGCUAUGAACACGCAGUGGACACGGUCAUCUACACGUGCGGUCACAUGUGCCUCUGCUACGCCUGCGGCCUGCGCCUCAAGAAGGCCCUACAUGCCUGCUGCCCCAUCUGCCGCCGCCCCAUCAAGGACAUCAUCAAGACCUACCGCAGCUCCUAGCCUGCUGGGGCGCCCCACUCCGCACACGCGCCUGCGCAGCCCAGCCCAGUUCUAGCUGAGGGGAGGGCCACUGGGGCCGCUUUCCUCCUGGAGACUGUCUCCUUUUCCACUAAACAUGGAAAACAGAGGUCCCUGCAGGUCUGAGCAGACAAGCGGUCGGGCAGGAGUCCGUUGCUCCUGAGGAAAGGGAGGGAGCUGCCCUUUCCCCAGCUUCUCCCUGUGUGCCAAUUUAGGCUUAAGUUGGGGUCUCAGCCUGUCCCAAUCCUUUCCCAUCGGGGCAAGUUCCUAGGAGGUCCUUGUGGUCUGGAUGGCACUGUGGUGAGAACUAAGAAAAUGCGUACCUUCCCAUGGCCAGAUGAGACCAGAGGCCAGGGCCUUCACCUAGGCCUGGGGUAGGGACUGGAAUCCAGCCUCCAUCAGCUCCUGCAGCCAGAGGGCCUUGAGCGGGACACAGUUGCUCAGGAGCAGUCCCAGGGGCAGCUCCAGAGCUGCUGUCUCAUUCUCUGACCCUUUGCCCACCCCACCUCUGAUCUCCCAUCUUCCCCUCCUGGCCACUGUGGGUAAGAUGGCAGCAGACUUCUCUUACCCUGGGCCGCACAGCCUCUGGGGAUGGGUGGUUGGGUGGUCUGCAGAGGCCCCGGGGCUUGGGAAGACCCCUCCUGGUCUCAAGCUUCUGCCCCAGUCAUCUCUCUGGGUGCUGUUGCCCAGGCUGCCCUUGGAUGAACCUGGGCCACUCUGUUGGGCCUCUGGGAGCAGGCCUGUGGCUGCCCCUCAGGCCUCUGUCCCCUUUGAGAGGCAAAUGAGUGGUCAAGAGGGGCCAGGAUAGGGUGGAGCUUCUCUGGGCUACAACCAGCCCUUCUCCACAUUUUAAUUUAUUUAUUUAUUUGGCUUGUGGGCUUUGUUGUUUGUGGGUCAGUUCCCAUCCCCUGGGCCCCAGGAAUGCUGGUGCUCCAGCCUAAGGGACCUGGAAGGGAGGCUUCCCAGCAAAUUGUGUUCAUUUAUCAGAGAAGCAGGCUGAGUCUCCUGGGCACUUGGGGCUGGUGGGUCACCUAGAACCACAAAGCACACCCUGGGACUCCUGUAUGGGAGGCAGGAAGGACUCUGGGUAAGGCUGUGCAUCCUGGGAGGAGUGGGCCCCAGCUGGCUCCCAGCAUGCUCUUCACCUCAACCCUCCUGGCCUUGACUGCCCAGUCCCUUCCUUGGCAGGCAGGGAGUGCACUUCUAGUCCCAGCUGCUCACCUGGAUGGGCAGCCACCCUCAACCUCAGGCUCUGUGGCAACAGUGUCUGGGGAUGGGACUGUGGGGGUGGCUCCGGGAGCUCCUGGGCAGGGGCUGCUGACAGGUGUGUGAUGGGGUUCCAGGCCAGACCUCUGAAUGUGCUAGCCUCAUGGGAGGCUGGGAAGACACUGUGCCACUCCUGAGUGUGGCCUCAGCCAGCCAAGUGUGGCCUAGAGGGGAAGGAAGGUUGGCAGUGCAGGGGCUGUCUGGCCUGAGGCCAAGAGAAGCAGCUGUCACCUUUUCUGUUAGUGUUGGGGUUGUUGAUGCCUCGUUGUGAACUUGGGUCGCUGUGAUGUGAAUAAAGGUGAUUUCGUACCAGCUCAA